AUGCAGAUAUCUAAGAAACCGACACAUGCGGCAGUCAGUCGAUUCAUGGAAACUCUCCUCCCUCUAAAGGAGAAUGACGUCCCACGACUGUACCACGUCCCGCGAAACACACGAUACGAUUCAGAGACGGCUGUCGUCGACCAGAUAGUACUCAGCGUUACUCCCACGCCUGGCGUAUACUCCUUUAUAGGCUAUACGCCUGACAACGCGACCCUCGAUCCUUCGGUGCGCCCUUCGCCAACGCGUACUCGAGACCCACGAACCCUCUGCUUCCUCCACCGACCGUUCACGCUCGAUCGCAGAAGCGUGCGCAGAGGAACGUUAGUUCUCUCGAGUCACAAUUCCUUCGACGAGGUUCUCACGACGGGCUGGAAUCCUUCGCUUGCCGCGCGACUACAAAUAAACGUGGACGAUAGUGAAGAAUUUGGUGAAGCGGAGCUUGCCUUCGAUGGACUAUCAGACGAAAUACGUGCCGUGGCGGUCAUGAACGCAUUCAACGAUCAUGAGGUGAAGCGUGUCCUAGAGGUCGCUUUGCAGCAUGGGUGGGCGAUGGCUAAUGACGAGGCGCCUGGAAAGCAUAUACUCUACCUUACUGGACAACCGCGUGUGAAUGGCAUGGAAGCUGCGAAAGCACUGGGUAUGACGGUUGUUUGCGUGGGUCACAGACCUGCGGAAGACUGGGGAAUCCGAUAUAUGGCUGCACAAUUGCGUACAAAGUUUCCAACAGCAAUGGUACAUGAGGUAUAUGAAGAGGAAGAGCUUCGUGUUAAAGAGCCCAAAAUUUCAGAGGAAGGUUGA